AUGGCAGCUGAAUCGUCUUCCACGGUCAGCUUCGGCGACGAGCUGCCGGACCAAUUCGCCGUCAUCACCACCUCAGUCUCAGCGCAUAUAGGCCUCGCUCACGAUGCUGCCGCUUACCUAGCAGAGCGAGCCGCCCUAGAGCGCGAGUACGCCUCUAAGCUGCAGGCCCUGACCCGCAAGCUUGGUGAACGACGUCAAAAGCGCAUGCAAGACUGCACGGUAGGCAACGACCCAAGUAAAGCAUGGAGCAUCGAAGUGGCCAAUCGCUCCACUUUGCAACGCUACGUCGCCUCCCUCGUCAGCACGUCGGAGUCUGCGGCAGGAGACCACGCAGGAUUGGGUGAUGCGCUGGACAAGGUAGGUGCGGAGAUCAAUGCUGGAGGCAAACGGAGCGAAGAGAUGAGAAAGAAGCACAAUGCCUUUUAUGAGAAGGUGGUCAGCGAGAGGGAAAAAGUUUAUGCGGAGAGGACCAAGGUCAAGGCCAAGUAUGACGAGCAUUGCCUGGAGGCUGAUGGGAUGAGACAGAAGAAGGAGAAGGCCGAGGCCGAGGGCAAGCAUGCCGAUAAGGCUACAAAGGGCUAUCAGGAGGCGCAGGCUGAGAUGUGGAAUGCAAAGAACGUCUACCUCGUAGCCAUCUCCGCGUCUAACCAAGCAAAAGCCCGCUUCUACCGUGAAGAUCUCCCCCGACUUCAGGACGACCUUCAGUCCCUUUGGACGCUCGUGGAUCGCCGUCUAAUCGCCCACCUACAGCGCGCCUCUGCAAUCUCAGCCGACCACCUCGAAGCCAUCGCCGCUAAGCAUCGUCGCCUUGAAUCUGACGCAGCGCAAUGCGACGUAGAAGGGCAAGACCAAUCCCUCUUCGUCGAGUUCAACAGCAGGCGAUACGACGAGCCUGCAGACCUGGGCUUCGAGCCAUGCGUGGGCUUCUUUGAUACGCCGGAGAUGGUGGUGGACGAAUCUCACGCAGCAAAGACUUUCCUCUCCAACAUGUUGAUCCGCAAGCGUCAGAGGAUGAGCGAAGACAUCCCCCUCGUCAACUCGAAGGCCAAGGAGAUCCAAGGUCUGGAGAGGCUACGUGACGCCUACUUGAAGGAUCCAAAGCUAGGAGACCCGGAGGAGGUCACAGACAAUCUGCUCGAGAGCGUGCGCAACUCCCUCUUAGUGGAGGCGCAGCUCUCCAUCCUCGAGGCAGAAGCGGGGACCAUCUCCUCUGCUAUCGGUUCGGUAGGCGACGUGCGUCCUCACAGAUUCAAGGCCACCAAGUUCGCCCUGCCUGCCACCUGCGGCCUUUGCGGCGCCAAGGUCUUUGGGCUAUCUGGGCUCAGCUGCCAACCUUGUGGGUUCGUAUGUCACACAAAGUGCGAGCCGAAGGUGGCACCGGAAUGUAGGGCCGCGGUGGCGGAGAGGGGAGACAAGAUGCCCACGCUUGAUCGCAGUGUCAGUGUGAGGAGUAGCAGGAGGACUUCUGGUGUACCGCAGGGUGCGGCAGGCGGGUUGAGCAGGACGGAUACGGCUAGAACGACCACCUCGACGCGGUCGUCGCUUAACAGUAGCACGGACACGGCAUCAGCGCCCGUGGCAAAGACUGCCGCGCCUGCUCGGAGGACUCUGCCCCCUAUGGCGUCCGCCUCAUCAGCAUCCAAUGGCAGCGCCUCCGCUAUGACAGCAUCGCAGCGUCGCAUCCUCGAAGCGGCUGGAGCAAGCGCGCCCACAGCUGCCGCUCCAGCAUCUACUACUGCCGGCGGACGGCGCGUCCGUGCCCUGUACGACUACGACGCUUCCUCACCCGACGAGCUGAGCAUCGUGGAAGGGGACGUCCUAAGGGUGGUCGGAGACGAUGACGGUAGCAGCGGCUGGCUUAAAGCCUCCUCCUCUUCUUCAGGCAAGCAGGGCCUCGUACCUGCGAAUUACGUCGAAGAGAUGGACGCCUCGGGCGAUCAAGUCGCCACGAGUGGUGGCGAGGACAGCCAUGGAAAGGUGCGGGCCCUCUACGACUACGAAGCGCAAGAGUCAAACGAGCUCACCCUCAACGAGGGAGAGGAGAUCGGAUUGACGGACGUCGGCUUUGACUUUGGAUCGGGUUGGUGUGAAGGGGUGGACGCGACCGGCAAAACGGGCGUCUUUCCUGCAAAUUAUGUGGAAAGGGUGGCGUAA